AUGUUUCUGCUGCUAUUAUCAAUAGUAAUUCCUACAGUUUGCUCAAUACUACAAGUACAGAGAAAUGAGCGACGAUUCUACGAUCAAUUAGAUGGUUUAUGGACAUUUGUAAGAGAGGAAAUGAAUUCACCUUCCGUAGGUAUAACACGUAAAUGGCAUUUAUACGAUUUGUCACAAUUCGAGAAUGCGACUGUGAUGCCGGUUCCGGCAGCUUUUAAUGAGCUAACAGCAGAUCGUGAAGUACGUGAUCAUGUUGGAUGGGUUUGGUAUCAACGUAAAUUUUUCCUCAGCGUACGUGAUAAACCUUAUCGGCACUUUGUCCGCUUCUCAAGUGUACAAUAUUACGCUGUCGUCUUCAUAAACAACAGAAUUAUUGGCAUUCAUGUGGGUGGUCAUCUACCGUUCGAAAUCGAUAUCACAAAUCACAUUUUGUUUGACAAUGAAAAUCGUCUUACUGUAGCGGUGAACAAUACAAUGACCUCAAAGACAAUACCACCCGGUGAAUUUCGGUAUAUCCAAAUACAACGUGGUGAAAUUAAACAAUAUUCCGAAGGAUUUUUUAAACAAACAUGGAAUUUCGAUUUCUUUAAUUAUGCUGGAAUACUGCGACCUGUUUAUAUCACCCGGAAACCAUUCACAUAUAUUGAUGACAUUAGCAUUGAAGCCGGAGCAGAUGGAUCUUUCGGUUACAAAGUACAUGUUGUACCGAACACUGAUUUAGUAACAAUUCAAAUUACCGUAAUGGAUAGAAAUGAUACAGUGAUAUUUGAAAGUAAUCAAUAUCAUUACACUGGUCGUAUCGAUAAUAUCCAGCCAUGGUGGCCUCGGGAUAUGGGAGCUCCUGUAUUGUAUAAAUUUAUGGUUCAAUUAGCAAUGUCAGGUAUUUUAAUCGAUGUAUAUCGUUUAUGGUUUGGUUUCCGGACCGUAAAUAUUUCGGGGCAUCAAACUUUCAUAAAUGGAAAGCCAUUUUAUUGUCAUGGUUUUGGUAUGCAUGAGGAUUUUGAACUUCAUGGUCGUGGUUAUAAUCCAGUAGUGAUGAUCAAAGAUUUAAAUAUGCUCGAAUGGAUGAAUGGUAAUUGUUAUCGUACAUCACAUUAUCCGUAUAGUGAGGAAAUGGCUUCUGAAGCUGAUCGUCGUGGUAUUGCUGUUAUUACCGAAACACCCGCUGUUGGAUUAAGGUAUUUUACAAAAGAAAACCAAUUAUUACAUGCAGAUAUAAUACGUGAAAUGAUUGAACGUGAUCGAAAUCAUCCAUCAACAAUUAUGUGGUCAUUAGCUAACGAGCCAGUAUCCAGUGAUCCAGCGGCUCGACCAUAUUUCAGUGAACUCAUCAAUCUGACGCGUAUUCUUGAUCCAACUCGGCCUGUCACCACUGUAGUAGCAGCGAAUUUUGACACCGAUCAAAUAGCUGAUUUACUCGAUUUAAUUUGCAUUAAUCGAUAUUUUGGCUGGUACAUUGACAUUGGUUAUUUGGAAAUCAUUAAUCAGAGUUGGAUAUUUGAAGUGAACAAUUGGAAAUUUAAGUACAAUAAACCAAUUAUUAUAUCGGAAUAUGGUGCAGAAGCGCUACCAGGUUUAAAUCAGGAGCCAGGUCGUGCCUUUAGUGAGCAAUAUCAGCGAGAAUUGCUAGAACAGACACAUAUUGCAUUUGAUAUAUUGCGGAAAAAUCACACAAUUACCGGUGAAAUGAUUUGGAAUCUAGCGGAUUUCAUGACAGCUGAUGCUGUAAUACGAGCGGUGGGCAAUCACAAAGGAGUGUUAACACGUAAUCGACAACCUAAAAUGGCAGCCUAUAUCCUGAAAAAUCGCUAUAAGAAUUUGGAAAAAACAAUGAAAGAUUUAAAGUGA